AUGUCUGUUGAAGAGCUAGAUGCCAAUGUGAAACAAUCUUUCUUAGUUUGGCGCAGGAGUUUGGCAAGACUUAAGGAGAAUGAGAAGCUUGGUCUUACUCCAUUUGAGAAGAACUUGGAUCCGGAGGCGGCUUUGCUUGUUAUGGUUGUUGAUGCAAGUGUCCCUCUGUUUUGCAACUGUCUUGAUCUUGAGGCAUAUGCAAGAGAGAUUGAUGAGCAUAAGAGAACAUUGCUUAUUGUAAACAAGGCAGUUCUUCUGCCAGUUUCUAUCAGCAUGCAAAAGAGUGAUGAUCCUGACACAAAAGUAUAUGCGAGGGAGAAGCUCUUGGCCCGUUUACAGUCUAAAGCAGAAGAAAUAGUCAAAAUGAGAAAAUCAGGCUGCAGUACCUCCAGGUCAUCCAAUAUUCAAUCUCCUAGUGGCAAUGCUGAAGGAACUUCAGCACCAAAUAAUGUAGUGGAGGGCUUUGUGGGGUAUCCUAAUGUUGGUAAAAGCUCAACUAUAAAUGCUUUGUUAGGCCAGAAACGUGCCUGUGUUACCUCCACUCCAGGGAAGACAAAGCAUUUCCAGACAUUAAUAAUUUCUGAUGAGCUGACUCUAUGUGAUUGUCCUGGAUUGGUGUUUCCAUCUUUCUCAAGCUCAAGAUAUGAGAUGAUUGCGUCAGGGGUGUUGCCAUUGAAAAGAUGA